GGAGAAAGAUCAAAUAAUCGGUUCCUAUUUGGAAAUCGGGGACGUCACUCUCGAGGAUUAUGGCGAAUACAAAUGCGAAGUCAGCAACGGCGUCGACAAGGAGAUGACAUUGGCUGCUCACGUGUACCGGCAAGAGCCACAGUUCGUAUUGAGCCUUCCGAAUGGAUCUUGGCGGAAGUCUCUUCUGCUGGCAGUCCUCGUUCUCGUGCUGUUACUAUCAGCUGGCGCAUUUUACGCGCGUUGCUGGCUGCCACUUGCACUGUUUUGCAGAGACAAGUUCGGUCGCCUCGAGGAAAGCGAUGGGAAGGAAUGCGACGCCCUGGUGUGCUACCACGAGAAGGACUCGAGCCUGGUGAUCGGUAUCGUGAUACCCACGCUGGAGUCUAGACAUCGGUACAAGUGCGCGGCGCUGGAGUUGUCUCAGCUGAAUCA